GUGUGUGUGUGUGUGCGUUGGUAUUUCCGGAUUAUGAGGACAUUUCACCUGUUUACAUACUUACUCUAUGAGGACAUACCGGAUGUGUGAGGACAAAGGACAUGUCCUCACAAGUCAAGCACUGCAGCCGCGCUUAUCAAGCCGUAAAUGACCACCUCCCGCUUUUUCUCGGCAUGUCUCCAUAACUCGGUUUUACCCGAUUUCUAGUGUAUGACAGUGUGUGCUCACAGUGUGUUAUAUCCGACACUACUUUUUUUUUUUCUACUGCGGAGUGUAUCAGUGUAUCGUCAUUCGAUUGGCUACUGCCUAGGGCAGACUCUGAUCAGUGAUUGGCUCUACUUGACGUCAAUCAGGGAGAUUCUGAUCAGUGAUUGGCUGUUGAGCCCUCUGCCUUCUCGACUCACGGAGAUUCUGAUCAGUGAUUGGCUGUUGAGCCCUCGGCCAAGUUCUCGACUCACAACGAAGAAACAAUGGCGGCGAUCGUCACUACUCCGCAUGAGGGCAGAGUCACCUCUAUCAACUCAAUUUAACUAAACUGCAAACAUGAUGGAGAGAAGGAGGAGAAAGACUCCUGAACAGGAUGCCAUGGACCACAUCAUUUUGGGCAGAGAUAAAUCUUUUCUACAAGAAAAAUUUAUUGACUCAUUCAAAGGGAGAGGUGUUUUUACACUGGAUUACAUCGCACCAUCCACUUUUGUGAUGGAGUACCGUGGAACUCUAUCACAAUGUGCAGGUCUAGAUGCUGCAAAUAAUCCCUUUGUGUUUGAUUUCAUCUGGAAUGGAACACGCCAUUGCAUAGACGCUUCGAAAGAGGAUGGAACCCUUGGACGACUGGCAAAUGAUGACCACAUAAACCCCAACUGCAGAGUAAAAAGAAUUACUGUCAAAGGAAGGCCACACUUGUGCCUGUUUGCUGUGAAAGCGAUAUUUCCAGGCGAGGAGAUAACAUACAACUAUGGGGAUUCUUGUUGGCCAUGGCGCUCAAUGGCACCCUGCAUUGAACUGUCCAAUCCUGAGCCCAAGCAAGUGGUUCCAGCCUUGGCAGAAAAAGAAAUGGCACCCUGCAUUGAACUGUCCAAUCCUGAGCCCAAGCAAGUGGUUCCAGCCUUGGCAGAAAAAGAAAUGGCACCCUGCAUUGAACUGUCCAAUCCUGAGCCCAAGCAAGUGGUUCCAGCCUUGGCAGAAAAAGAAAUGGUAAGUUUAUCUUUGUAAGUUGCGUACUGGUUUUUGUGGAUUAGGGUGGGGGGAGGCCUACCUGACAUAUCAGCCUACUUCCGGGGAUUGCUCAGUGGCUAUUGGUUCUCAUGGCUAUUAAUUGCAUUCUAGCUACUGCACUUUACUGAUUUUCCUCAUUACUUGUCUUACUAUAUUUACAUUUGUGGAUCCUCAGUGCCACCAUGAAUUCACAAGUGCAUCUAUCUCGGCUUUGGAUUGUUGUCAAGACUGCUCAGGACCAGUAUCAAGUCUAAAAUGGCUUGGUUGGACAUGUAAAUGUCAGUAUCAGUUUCACAUAAACACACGUUUUCUUUUUUGCUUAAUUGAAAUUUGAGCUAAACCAUCACCAUUUCACAAACAUUCACAUGCCUUUCCUGGAGUUACCUUCAUAUUCGUUACCAUCUACAGUACAAAGUGAUUUAACGUUUAAAACUAAGAUAAAUGUAUACUACCUUCCUAUUUUUCUCAUUGCAAUGUGCUUUUAGUAUGUUCAAGGUCAUGGCACAAAACCUGCUACCUCAAGAAUAAUUCGGCACUGGUGAAGGAUGUUGAGCCCUUCAGUGAUGAAGGAUCCAUCUGUGAUAAAGACUAUGUUCCUGACUCUUCACCAAGUCGUGAGGACUCAAGC